AUGUCUCUUCGGGAUCUUAAAGCAUGGAUAUGUUGCAGUGUACAAAACGAUAAACAGCAGUAUUCUGGUCGAAGUUUUUCCUACUUUGAGUUCUGCAUAUGUAGGUUUCUGCUGCCGAAAAGUGCAAUCAAAAUUAACUUAGAAUAUCACCCUCUUAGUCGUAUCUGUGACAUUUGUUUGCGCUGCAACACUGUUCUUUUUUCGAAGGGUGAAAAACGAAGGUCUGUCCUCAAUUUGGUACGUUAUGCGCAUUUGGUUGGCAUUUUCAGGUUGCUUCAUAUUCCAGAUGAAAUGAACUCCAUCACGUUAAAUCCUUACCGGCUUCCAGAGUCGUUUUAUGAGCCGGACGAGGACGAAGAUUCAUCGUAUCCUGAUGACUUGAAGUUGAUGAUCAGCUCCAUCAGAGUGUUCGGGCACCUUGAGAAGUCUUUUUUCAUCGAUUUUUGCAAAUUUAUUGAGACCAUCCACUUGGAAAGUGGUGAACAUUUAUUCCGGAUUGGAGAACAGGACGAUAAUGUUUACGUCGUUCAUACAGGAAGGAUUCAAAUUUUCAUCGUUGAGCGCGACGGUUCGCAUUCCGUGAUCAACGAAGUCACACGCGGUGGCAGCAUCGACAGUUUGCUCUCAGUCCUGAACGUCCUUAGUGGAAAUCCAUCCAUCCACGAAACAACAGAAGCCGUAGCUCUGGAUCCGAGUAUCGUCUUGAAAUUACCAGCGCGUUCAUUCUUGGAAAUAUGUCAGCCUCAGACGCCUGCGUUUUUGCGAAUUCUUCAAAUGAUCACCAUUCGGCUACAACGCUUGAUUACCGUUGCAAUUCAAAACCACUUAGGCAUCAGCUCUGAGCUCAUCCGCCGGGAGUCAAUCUGUACGCUGACCGACUCGAAGGCUCAAGCUUGUCUUCAGUCACUUUGUCUCCGAGAGGCUUGUCCCUCUACUCCGGAUAUCGCAGGUGGAUUACCAUCAGACCUCAAGACCGUAUUCCUCAAGAGCCGUGGAUCACUCCACCCGAUGGAUAGCGUUUGCAUGGAAGUAGACACUCGAGGGAAGAUUAUUGACGACUUCGAUUCCGAAGCAGACCAACUUCAUGAUCAUCCUAAUCGGCUGGUUCGCGGAGGAUUGGAAUCGGGUGAAGUACCCUCUUUGUUAGCGAAGGACAAACCAGCUUUUCUACCGAGCGCAGUGACAUCCACCAGCACGACCUCGAUGCCGUUUACUGAACACUUGAGGUCACUCGGUCCGACACAGAUUGACCAGAUUCCUGUCGGUUCGUUGGGUGUCGCAGAAAAGAACCAAUCCGCCUCUCCACCUUCUUCAACAGAACCCGGUUUUGUUCUUAGUAAAGAGACGGAAUCACAGUUGGUUGAGGCGGUAAUGGAGGAUAUUGUUGGGUUGUUUGGUUUGGCCGACUCUAGUUUCCUGCAGGGUCAUGUGUUUGUUGGUAGCGUACCCAGUGGAACUGUGCUGUUAGAAGCGUGCACCAUCCAGACAGAACUGUAUUACAUCGUGUCAGGCGAAUUACAUGGAUUUCAGUCGGCGACAGACGCAGAAACCGAUGAUUCUAGUGACCUCAUAAUUGGUCGUCCAGGUGACGUCCUUGGCUUACUUGGGCUCGUCACUGGAGAGCCUAAUGGGUACGAGUUGAGGGUAGUCAAGAACUCAAUUGUGGCCACCCUGUCUCGCGAGCACUUCUAUGCAAUGGUACGCCAGAAUCCAGAAACAUUACUUAUCGUGGUUCGUCUGAUAUGUGCGCGGAUUUCACCGGUCCUGCAUCAGCUCGAUAUCGCAAUUCAGUGGCUGACGGUUCUGGCCGGGCGUGCCCUUUACAAGAAGGGCGAUGCAUCCAAUCACGUCUACAUUGUACUAAGUGGAAGGUUGCGACAGGUGGACACUCUCUCUGACGGCGGUCACCGCAUCAUUGGCGAAUCGGGUCGUGGAGAUAUGGUCGGAUUUUUGGAGGUGAUUUGCUCACAGAAGCGGUUGCAUACUGUGAUUGCCAUUCGUGAUUCUGAGGUUGCUCAAAUCCCAGCAUUCCUACUACACUAUCUCAAGCAUAAGGUUCCAAGAGUAUUGAAUCGUAUUAUUCAGUUGCUUUCUGGUCGACUACUGGGCAACCUAACCGCCCAGAGGAGUGACGCCCCUCAGCUUGGUCUCACCUUUCGGUCACCAACACUUUCUGAUUCGAUUGACUACAGUGUCUUAGGUACAGCUCCGAAGACCGAUUCUGCGGUUCCACAGCCCAGUAGGACAACUAUGUCGAAUCUGAGAACGAUUGCUAUUCUGCCGACAACAAGUUCGAUUAAUGCGGAAGCCUUCACAUUGGAGUUGCAGCAUUCACUUACGCCAAUCGGGUCUUCUGUUCGUCUGACUUCUCAUAUAAUUCGUCGUCGCCUGGGACCAAGCGCUUUGGCCAGUGUGAAUCAAUAUCGCCUGACAGCCUGGCUCAGCCACCAGGAGGAUUCACAUCGCAUCGUUUUCUUUGUAUGUGACUACACUCGGACGUCUGCUUGGAAUCGCCUAUGUAUCCGACAGGCAGACUGUGUGCUCGUCUUGGCCCUGGGUAACUCAGACCCAUCCCGGAUUUCACCCAUCGAAUUGACUCUGCGAAAUCACCCCACUAAGGUGGUCAAAGCGUUGGUUCUGAUGUACCCAUUCACUACGGAUUAUCCGAAACAGCGGCACACGGCCAAAUGGUUGAACGUCCGUCCAUGGAUCAGUCACCACUACCACAUCCGAUGUGAGCCACGUGUAUUUACGGCACGUGCUCCGGAUGAUUUAGUUGCCUUCUACGGUCACGUGUUUGCUCGCGAGCGACCUAACCCGCUGUCGGAUUUCUCUCGUCUUGCUCGUUACCUGACCGGUGAAGCAAUCGGACUUGUUCUAGGUGGCGGUGGUGCUCGAGGAUGUGCGCAUAUUGGCGUGAUUCGAGCUUUUCAGGAAGCUGGAAUUCCGAUCGAUCUGGUCGGUGGGACCAGUAUCGGGGCUUUCAUGAGUGCAUUGUGGGCGGAAGAAACGCGCUAUGCUCAGUUCACACAACGUGCACGUGUCUUCACCACAUGCUUUGCGUCUAUUUGGAACAAAGUGAAGGAUUUCACCUAUCCUGCGGUGUCGAUAUUUUCAGGAAAAGAGUUCAACGAACAGCUGAAAUCUGUCUUCAAGGAUCGUCAAGUUGAGGAUUUGUGGAUUCCAUCGUUUUAUGUGACGACGGAUAUAACCAACUGUCGGAUGCGGGUUCAUACUCAUGGGUCCCUUUGGCGCUAUGUGCGUGCUAGUAUGUCUCUGUCUGGCUAUUUACCACCUUUGUGUGAUCCUUACGACGGCUGUUUGCUGCUGGACGGUGGAUACACAAACAAUGUGCCCGGUAGAGGUCAUGGAAUAAUGAGUUCUCCAUUUAUUGUGCAUAGUUUCAUUGCCGCUGCUUCCACAUCAGUUAUUUUCAACAAGGUGUUCCUCUCUACACGUUGGCUUUUUACUUUCUUUUGUUUCCCCCAUUCAGCCGAUACUAUGUCUGCCUUCGGUGCAAAGACCAUCUUUGCCGUCGAUGUGGGUGCUACCGUUGAUACAGACUUCAGCAACUACGGUGAUCAUUUAUCAGGCUGGCGACUGCUCUACAACCGCUUCUUCGGAACGAACAAAUCACUGUUGCGUGUUCCAAAUCUAUCUGAAAUUCAAGCUCGCCUAGCCUACAUUUCCUGCGUUCGACAACUAGAGCACGUCAAAGCCAGUGGUAUUUGUCGCUAUCUUCGCCCGCCAAUCGACCACUAUAUGACACUGCAAUUCACCGCUUUUGAGGAGAUUCUGACCGUUGGAUACGAAUAUGCCAAGCAAGUCAUCCUCGAGUGGCACAAAGAUGAUAUCUUGAGGCAACUUGUACCAGGGCUACGACCGAACCUAACGUUCGACCAAUUAAGUCCGAAACUGUCGCCCGUACAGACCCCGCACCGACUCAGUGAUGUUCCAAGGACGGUGAGCAACUGGCUCACACAGCCCCAACGCUUAGUCCUUCAAGCAAUUUCGGUCAGUAUUGAUUGUCUUCACUGCGGAUCUGAAAGUUCCCCUGCCAUUCCCUUCUUCCAGCCAUUCGAUGACCAGCGGGGCUUUGUAGACUUGGCCGAAACUGUUGGUGCUUCUGCAGACCACCGGUCGCAGGAUACGGUCGAUUCAAGCUCGGUUUCUGAUACAGUCGACUACCUAAAGGACGGUACUGAGCGCUCACGUGGGAAUCGUAGGUACGGUAGUGUUGCUGACUUGUUCGGCCGCCACAUUCCCCCAUUCUUGUCUGGUCAUGCGAACCCCGUGGAUUCUUUGUCCCGCACAUUUCGGGACUAUUUCCAUUCGGCCAAGCAUUUGGUUUCACGUACGUUCCCUGACACAGGGCUGUUUCGCCGUCGUGCACUAAGCGAUAAUCUAUGCAUGCCGAGUGAUUCCAGUGUGCUCGACUCGUCGGACGACCCGGGCCACUUUUCCGAUGCGCACGACUAUCCUGGCCAGGAUAAUCAGUUCUCAUCGAAACGGAACACAGCUGCCUACCUGCACAGAACUAGCUCUCACAGUGCCCCUGGCCAUCAGCUGAACUCAUCAAACAAUUUCUUGAUGCAUUCUACCGUGAAUGAGUCCACCGACCAUGACUUUCAUCCCGGACAACAUGCUCCUGCUGAUGGUAGUUCGAAUCUCGCCAACAUGGUUGUUUCUGCGGAUGAUCCCGGUUACCUUGAAGAUAGUGAAGGCAACGAUGACAUGCCGCUCCAGUACUCCGAUCCAGAAUUUCAGUGUCGCCUGCCACGUGUAUCAGGAAGAUCAACAUCGCACAGACUACGUCGACGUUCUUCUCUGAAUCGCAUUCGUUCCAGAAAAUUUCGCUGAACUUUGCUCACAGGUACAUGCGCCAUUCAUGACAAAUCUCUAUCGAGCUCCAUGUAUCUAUCCAUCCUACUACCUCGCACACAGUAACUAUGUACAAAGGAGUUCAUUCAUUUCGAUUUGUUUGUUCGGAAUUUUCGUCAUACGCUAGUUUUAGCUUCGUGCUUUAUUGUGAUUCUUCACCUCCUUGUAUGUACGUGAUGUUACACUUCGCCCUGAUUGCUUUCAUCCCGCACAGACCCCAAAACCCGCUUUAGUGAGAGAGAUUUCAAAUACAACCGAUAUUUUAUGGAGA